AUGCUAUCAUAUUCUAGAUCCUUUUCUACCACUCGCUCUGCAUCGGCUAUUAAGGCGUCUCUUAUUUUAUCAAGAACGCCGAUUGUUACGCCAGAUGUUCCUGAGUUUGAAAAUGCAUUUUACAACUACCAACAAGAGUUGGAAAAGAGGCUGAUGUGGACAUUUCCGAAAUGGUUUUAUUUCAAGAAAGGUACUGUUGCUGAGAGGGAAUUCACUGAAGCCCAAAAGUAUCCAGUUCCAAACCACAGAGGUGUUUGGUUCCCCAAGGGAACACCAGAUUUGAAGCAUGGUAGAGACAGGAGAUUCAAACAGGAGGUGAUAUUACCUAAGAGAGGCGGAGUUGAAGCGGAGGAAGAAGAUCUGGAUGAUGUCGGUAGAUCCAUUAGACCAAAUCCAAGAAUCACAAAGGCAGAUGAAUCGAACGAUCAAUCUUCACUUGAAAGAAAACUACCAAGAACCCUGUAUUUGUUGGUACAAGAUGGCUCAGGUUCCUGGAAGUUUCCCUCCUUCCCAAGCGACGGGAAAACAGGUCUCCACCAAACUGCUGAAGAAGGGCUAAGAACAAUUGGUGGUGACAAACUAAACACAUGGUCUGUUUCCAAUUCUCCAGCUGCUGUCAUCAAAUCGAACGAUGACGCUGACUUUUUAAUGAAAUCUCAUAUAGUUGCAGGUAGGUUUGAAGUACAAAAGGAUUCAAAUAUUAAAGAUUUCAAAUGGUUAGUGAAGGAAGAAAUUGCUGAAUUCGUUGAUCCAAAAUACUAUGAAAAAAUUAGCCAUUUGAUUAGCGAUGUCUAA